UGUUUCAUUCAUAUUUUGUAAACAAUUUCAGGAGAUGUUGAAUCGUUGACUGACAUUUUUCUUUUACUUUGAUGAAACAUAAAAAAAUUGCAUAUUCAAUGGGUUAGAAAUAAACAUUGCCUGCAGUAAGCGAGUUAUUGAAUAUUGAGCGUAGACGGUUAAUAAUUACCUGAGUAGCCAAACGUGCAACAGAAAAAAAAAAUGAAAGCUUUUCGAAGCCGAAGCAGAAAUAAUAUUUUAUAGAUAGUAUACACAAUUAUUAUUUGGGUGUGGUAUCAAUUAACCAUAUUUAUACACGGAAACUUAACAAGGCGUUGAAAUCCACCUGCACAUAUGUAUGUUAAUUAGUAAAAUACUGAAAAUGCUAACAAACGAUUGCUUGACCAGCCAUCUACAUACGCACACUAUGCUAGGUACCUAUAUAUGCUUAGCAAGUAUGAGCACGAUUUCCUUGUGCUUAGUAAGAAAAUGGCUAUUAGAAAACUAAAAUGUUGUACUGUAGCGAAUUGGAUUAUGAAAAUGAAAACUUUGCAAACACCACAGCUUUCGAUGCUGAUGAUAUUGAAUUGCUCGACGAUAAGGGUGCUGCUGAAUCUAUCGAAAAACCUGCUAUUAUUAGAAGAAGUAAGGGCCGUCCACCUAAACGUUACGAUUUUCAAUUCAAAUGCGAACAGUGUGACUUUGUCAGCUCUUAUGCAAAGUAUUUUCGUACUCAUAUGUCUCAAACACAUAAAGAUGAAUCAAUGCGUAUAUUCAAAUGUACACAAUGCCCUGAAGCAUAUGUGGAGGAGCGUUUUCUACAAGAGCAUGUGAAAUAUUUACACGAUUGUGUGCCACGUCAACCGAAGUUCAUCUGCGCCAAGUGUGGUAAAGGAUUUCCAAAACAAUCACAUCUCACGCGACAUUCCUAUGUUCAUGAUCCAGCGAAGAAACCUUUUCUAUGCGAUCGCUGUCCAAUGCGUUUCACAAGCCAGUCCACGUUAGAUCGUCACAUUGAAGCGAAACAUACUGAGCAGAAAGCGCAUACUUGUGCAGAUUGCGGAAAGGCUUUUGGUCAUAUUUACAGCCUAAAAGCACACAGAAUACGUUUGCACAAAAUAUCGGUUGAAUAGUUGCAUUUUAUUUUAUUUAUUUGCAAAUAAAUUCAUAUUUGCAGUUUCAAAUAUAUAAAAGACUUAAGACAGAAACUUGCACAAAGUUUUGUGUUUAAUUUAAAAAGUUGAUAUUUUUCAUAGUAUUAAAAAGGGUGCCCAAAUAUAUUUGUAUUUUAAAAAAGUUAUUUAUUUACGAUUUAAAAUCAA